CAGCGAGGACUUCAGCAGGGACAGUGUCCAUUCUGGAGAUCUGCUGUCCCCCACAGAGUCUGGAGACCAACUGUCUGACAGCAUGUCCAGCAAACAGAUGUCUAUCAAGGAGAGAGUGGCACUGCUGAAGAAGAGUGGUGAGGAGGACUGGAGGAACAGGAUCAACAAGAAACAGGAAGUGGUUAAAGUGGCGUCCACUGAGCAGCAGGCUCAGCUAUGGGAGACAGAGCAGACCUGCCAUAAGAAGAAGAUGGGAGAGGAGAUUGAGGCUCAGAUGACUCAGAUGACCAUUGAGGAGAGGAAACAGAUGAUUUCGACUCGUGAGGAUGCCUGGAAGACAAAGGGCAGAGGAGCAGCUAAUGACUCGACCCAGUACACAGUGGCUGCACGUAUGGUCAAGAAAGGCCUGGCAGCCUCCUCCUCAGUUAUCAGUCCCAUCCUGUCACCAGUCUCCACCAAACUCAAGAGCAGCACGCCCGCUGUCAGCAAACCACAAGAGGAAAUUGAGGCUCGGCCGGACAUGGAAUCAGAUAAGAAGCUGGACAAGUUGGAGAGCUUCUUGGGACGUCUGAAUAGCAAAGUGGCAGGUCUGCAGGAAACCACCUUAACAGUGACUGAGAAGGCAGUGAAGGAAGUGAUGAAGCUGGAUGACGAAAUCUUCUCCAAGUUUUACCGACGCGUUGCUGAAUUUCCACGCAUGCCCACCAGGAUCGAGAUCAGUGAGGACUUCGACACCAUCUUCGGCUCUCAGGGUCCCAAGUUAACUUCAGCCAUGGUGCAGCACAAGCGCUCGGUGCGUCCGUCCAGGAACGUCCAGUCGUCCAGAAACCCUCUGAAGAUGCUGGCUGCGAGAGAGGACAUCAGACACGAGUACAUAGAGCAGAGACUUAACGUGGCACAGCUGGAAAGCAAGAGGAUGAAGGCUGAGAAGAUGACUAAAACCUCAGAGUACUCUGAGGCUGCUCUGGCAGGCCUGGCCAGUAAAGAAAACUUCAGCAGCGUGAGUCUGCGCAGCGUCAACAUCGCAGAGCAGACUUCCAACAACAGCGCCGUGCCGUAUAAGAAUCUCAUGCUGAUGCAGAUCAAAGGUCGCCGUCACGUUCAGACCAGAUUAGUGGAACCCAGAGCGUCCUCACUCAACAGUGGAGACUGUUUCCUGUUGGUCACUCAAGAGCACUGCUUCGUCUGGAUGGGAGAGUUCUCAAAUGUGAUCGAGAAGGCCAAGGCCAUAGAUCUGGCCACCUACAUCCAGACGAAGAAGGACAUGGGCUGCAGGGCAAACCAGGUGCAGACCAUCGAGGAAGGGGUUAAGCCACAGGGCACAGACAUCCAGCAGUUCUGGACAAUCCUAGGAGGACAGACGGCUUACCAACCUGCUGGUCCACCAGAGGACGAUGAGCAGUUUGAGAAUGCCAUCGUGGAAACCAACUGUAUCUUCAGACUGGUGGAUGACAAACUGGUUCCUGAUGACGAUGAGUGGGGGAAGGUCCCUCGCAGCUCUCUGCUGGCGUCCAAAGAGGUGUUGGUGUUUGACUUUGGCAGUGAGGUGUACGUGUGGCACGGUAAGGAGGUGACUCUGGCCCAGAGGAAGGUGGCCUUCCAGCUCGCCAAACACCUUUGGAACGGGACGUUUGACUACACCUGCUGUGACAUUAAUCCACUGGACCCUGGAGGCUGCAACACACUCAUUCCCAGGAAGGGCCAGGGCCGUCCCGAUUGGGCGAUAUUUGGCAGGCUGACAGAGCACAACGAGACCAUCUUGUUCAAGGAGAAGUUCGUGGACUGGAUCGAAGCAAAGCCGCUGACACCAAAGGAAGGCGGCGAGCUCGUACCUGAGCAGAAGGAGGCCCCGGGGCGCGAGUGCCGGCCGUACGACGCCGCCCUGAUGCUACCAGUCCUCCAGUCGUCCGUUGCCACCAUCUUGGACGGCGUAAACGUGGGUCGCGGUUAUGGCCCGGUGGAGACCGAGGACCACAUGAGGACUCAGGAGAUCAGCACAGUGUCAGCGGACGUCUGGCACAUCCUGGAGUUCGACUACAGCCGCCUCCCACGCCAGAGCAUCGGCCAGUUCCAUGAGGGAGACGCCUACGUGGUGAAGUGGAAGUACAUGGUCAGCACCUCAGUUGGUCGUAGGCAGAACCCCGAGGCGAGGAGCACUGGACCGGGGAAGGAGAAAUGCUGCUAUUUCUUCUGGCAGGGUCGACACUCCACCGUCAGCGAGAAAGGAACGUCGGCGCUGAUGACGGUGGAGCUGGACGAGGAGAGAGGGGCACAGGUUCAGGUGCAGCAGGGGAAGGAGCCUCCAUGUUUCCUACAGUGUUUCAACGGAGGGAUGAUCGUCCACGCUGGCAAAAGGGAGGAGGAGGAGGAGAACACUCAGAGUGAGUGGCGUCUGUACUGUGUGCGAGGUGAGGUGCCGGUGGAGGGCCACCUGCUGGAGGUGGCGUGCCACUGCAGCAGCCUGCGCUCCAGAGCCUCCAUGAUCCUGCUCAACAUCAACAAGGCCAUCAUCUACCUGUGGCACGGCUGCAAGACGCAGCUACACACUCGCAGCGUGGGAAACACGGCUGCACUCAAGAUCAAAGAACAGUGUCCUCUGGAAGCAGGUCUCCACAGCAGCAGUAAGGUGACCAUCCAUGAGUGUGAUGAGGGGGUGGAGCCUCCGGGCUUCUGGGAGGCUCUGGGCAGAAAGGACAGGAAGGCUUACGACUGCAUGCUGCAAGAUCCCGGUAAAUUCAACUUCACCCCGCGGCUCUUCCAGCUGAGCAGCACAUCAGGAGAAUUUGUGGCGACCGAGUUCUUCCACCUGUCCAGAGCUCCAGACCUGGUCAGCUCGCUGCCUUUCCUGCAGGAGGAUUUGUACAACGUAGGACAGCCCGCACUGUUCCUGGUGGAUAACUUCCAUGAGGUUUACCUGUGGCAGGGCUGGUGGCCUCAGGACAGUGAGAGCACCGGCUCAGCUCGUAUCCGCUGGGAUUCAGACAGGAAGUGCGCGAUGGAGACUGUGCUGCAGUACUGCAAAGAGAAGAACGAGAAGAAGUCUCAGAAGUCGUAUCUGAUCCACGCCGGUCUGGAGCCGCUCACCUUCACCAACAUGUUUCCCAGCUGGGAGCACAGGGAGGACGUAGCUGAGAUCACCGAGAGGGAGGCCGAGGUGUGUAACCAGAUCAUCCUGGUGGAGGACGUGUUGGCCCGGCUCUGUCAGAACACCUUCCCUCUGGCUCAGCUGCAGGCCCGGCCGCUCCCUGAGGGGGUGGACCCCCUCCGCCUGGAGAUCUACCUGUCUGACCAGGACUUUGAGAAAGCUUUGGACAUGAAGAGAGAGGAAUAUGAACGUCUGCCAGGGUGGAAGCAAGUGAAUUUAAAGAAGGCCAAAGGACUGUUUUAAGGAGGUUUUUAAAUGGAAGAUGGCGUGUGUGUGGAAAACAGAUGAGAUGGAGACACAGGAAACGUCACAUGAACUUGUUUUAGUGGAAACAUGUGAGGACACUGGGGAGAGACAUUCACAGUGUCCUGAAGAGGGAACCUGACUCUGAAGAAAACCUACAUGAAUGAUGGGACUGGAGAUGCACUCGCCUUGCUUAUAGUCAUGUUUUACUUCUACUUUGUCAUUACAUAACAAAAUUAAACUCAAGCCGUUUAACUGAAGGUAAAAAAACACCUUGCUUUGGUUCAUACAUGGUGUGUAUUUGGAGUCUCCUCCAAGCACUAAAGUCACCGCUCAUGGACUUGUGAAAGAAAACACUAGGACGCUUGGUGUCAGAGUGCCAUGCUGUGGUUGUGUAUGUGUGUGUGUGCGAUUGUAUAUAAAGUGUGUGUAAUGUUUCUUUGUGUAAAUGUGUGUGUAGAUGCGUUUGUGACUUUGUAUCUAUGUAAAAAAAAAAAUCCUGUCACGUCAGAUGUUGUGAGGAAAGCCGUCUUUUGUUUUGUGUACAGUGUCUGGAUGCUGUCAGGCCACGUAGGUAACUCAUGUUGCUCCACUGUGUUGAACUGCUGACGUGACUCUGACUGACUGAGCUCCUCGUAGCAGAGAGAAGAGCUGUAAUUUAAAGGUUCCACUAUGAAGAGAGGAGAAGCAGCAGCUUCAAUCUGAAUGUAUAGUGCCUUGCUUUUUGUGUACAGUUUAUAUACAGAAAUUCUAGUCUGCAUUUUUAAAGACUUUCUUUGUGAUAUAAGACAUAGUGAAUUAAAUCACAAUAAUGCUCCAAUCAAAGCAGGACUCUGUGUCUUUCUGUCUCUUGCUACAUUCAUUAAAAGCGCUGCAU